AUGUCAGCUACAGCCACCACGUCGGCUAUAUUACCGACCGUUCAAAUUGAUGUUAACUAUAAGGAACUCAAGGACUCCAUAAAGGACUUCAUAUCUCACUUCAAGGGAAGCAGUGCCGAGAAUGAAAAUGGUAUGGUUGACGGUCCAAAGUAUAUGGCUUUGCUUCAAAAGAUAGCCAACAGAGAAAUCACCACCCUUUUCAUAGAAUUGGAUGACUUACAAGCCUAUCAAGACUACCUGACUCUUGCUGUGAACAAGAACUUGGUACAGCACAUCGUCAAGAACACGUACAGAUUUAUCGAGGUAUUCAGUCAAGUUGUUGAUGAAUUGUUACCUGAACCAACCACCGACGUAUCUUACAAAGAUGACGUGUUAGACGUGAUUAUCCAUCAGAGAAAACUUAGAAAUGCCAGACUCCAACAAGAUGCAACUGACGAGUAUACCCAAAUUAGUCAAGGGUUUAACGGUGAAGAUCAACAACAGCAGCUGGCUGCUGCUGCUGCUGCCAACGCUGCAUCUGCUGAAGGAGAAAACCUAUUCCCUGCCAAGCUUACUCGUCGUUACUUCCUUUACUUUAAGCCAUUAAGCUCUAAGAAAACGCGUUCCCUAGCUGUAAGAGAAAUCAAGGGUAACUUGGUCGGUCAGUAUAUAACAGUGAAGGGAAUAGUCACUAGAGUCAGUGACGUGAAACCCUCGGUGUUGGUAAAUGCUUACACCUGUGAUAAGUGUGGUUAUGAAAUCUUUCAAGAAGUUACUUCCAAGACUUUCUCUCCGUUGGUUGAGUGUACUUCUGCUCAAUGUAAGGCAGACAAUACUAAAGGUCAAUUAUUCAUGUCCACCAGAGCAUCCAAAUUUUCUAGUUUCCAAGAAGUCAAGAUUCAGGAAUUGGCUGAUCAAGUCCCAGUGGGACACAUUCCAAGAUCGUUAACUAUUCACGUAAAUGGUGAUUUGGUUAGGUCUUUAAAUCCUGGUGAUGUUGCUGAUAUAUCAGGAAUCUUCAUGCCAUCUCCUUACACGGGGUUCAGGGCUUUGAGAGCGGGAUUACUUACAGAAACCUACUUGGAAGCUCAAUAUGUCAAUCAGUUCAAAAAGCAAUAUGAAAGCUUGGAAAUUACUGAUGACAUUAAAGUGAAGAUUCAAGACUUAUACAGCCAAGGAAAUGUCUACAACAAGUUAGCAAAGUCCAUUGCGCCAGAAAUUUACGGUCAUCUAGAUGUCAAGAAGAUCUUAUUGUUGUUGUUGUGUGGAGGUGUUUCCAAGGAAAUUGGAGAUGGUUUGAAGAUUAGAGGAGAUAUCAACGUUUGUCUUAUGGGGGACCCAGGUGUGGCCAAAUCUCAAUUAUUGAAGGCAAUUGGUAAAAUUGCUCCAAGAUCAGUGUACACUACUGGUAGAGGUUCUUCUGGAGUAGGUUUGACUGCUGCAGUCAUGAGAGAUCCAGUCACGGAUGAAAUGGUAUUGGAAGGAGGUGCCUUGGUUUUAGCUGACAACGGUAUUUGUUGUAUUGAUGAAUUCGAUAAGAUGGACGAAUCUGAUAGAACUGCUAUCCAUGAAGUUAUGGAACAGCAAACUAUAUCCAUCAGUAAGGCUGGUAUUACUACUACUUUGAAUGCUAGAACUUCAAUUUUAGCAGCUGCUAAUCCGUUAUAUGGAAGAUACAACACUAAAUUAUCUCCUCACGAGAAUAUUAACUUACCAGCAGCCUUGUUUUCAAGAUUUGAUAUUAUGUAUUUAAUGUUGGAUCAACCAUCAAGAGAAAUGGAUGAAAAGUUAGCACAUCACGUUGCUUACGUUCAUAUGCAUAAUAAGCAACCAGAAAUGGACUUUGAACCUUUGGAUUCCUCAACUAUUAGGCAGUACAUUUCCAUUGCCAGAACGUAUAGACCUACUGUUCCAAAGGAAGUGGGUGACUAUGUUGUACAAUCUUACAUAAAUAUGAGAAAGGAAUCACAUAGAAACGAAGGUUCUGUCAAGAAAUUCAGUCACAUCACUCCUAGAACCUUGUUGGGUAUAUUAAGAAUGUCCCAAGCUUUAGCUAGAAUAAGAUUUGAUACUAUUGUAACAAUUGAAGAUGUGGACGAAGCAUUAAGGUUGAUUCAAGUUUCCAAGUCAUCAUUAAACCAACAAGAUGAAAUAAUGAGAGAAGAUGAAACUUCAAGCUCCAAAAUCUAUCAAAUUAUUAAGAAUUUUGCAAUGAAUGAUCAAACUGGCAGAUUGUCUAAGACUGUGCCAUUGAAAGAUUUGAAGCAAAGGGUAAUUGCAAAGGGUUACACUGUAGAACACUUUGACAACUGUAUUAAUGAAUAUGAAUAUUUAAAUGUCUGGCAUAAGAUUGAUAAUGGUGAAACUUUAAUGUUUAUUGGUACCGGAGGAGACUACGAUGAAAGGGAUGAAGAUGAUGAUGAUAUGGAAUAUUGA